GAAACCAAAGAAAGUAUCACUCAGACGAUCACCCCGCAAACAUGCACAGAGUUCCCAAGAAAUGUCAGAAGAAAGGGUGAAUUUAGAUAAGGGGGUCUCCGUUCAAGCUUCUGGGAAAAUGAUUACAACACCUCGACGAUCACCAAGAAAAAGGACAAGAAUUCCAUUAAGCCACAUGUUGCAGGUUUUGCAAGAAUCUGAUGAAGAAUCUGAUGAUGAACCCUUGGUAUUGACCAAUACUAAUAAAAGUCUACCAAAAUCUGGUGCUAGACCCAUGAGAAGAUCACCUAGGAAAACGGCUCAACAAAAAGCAAACAGAACAGAGCAAAUGAUUCAUAGAUCUGAUCAAGAAAUUGAUGCCCCUGAUACAGAAAUCCAUACACCAGCAAGAAAUGCGAACCAGGUAUGUGGAUGA